CACCCCACCCCCGGACUUUGCGCGUGCGCGUUGGGUGGGUUGUGUUUGUGGGUCGGGCUGCCCGGACUGUGGAACUGGGCUGCCCGCGGGCAGCGAUGGCCAGGGACCUGAUCGGCCCGGCUCUGCCCCCAGGCUUCAACGCCCGAGGGACUGCGGAGGAAGAGCUGGAUCUGAGUCCCGUUGCAGGACCAGCACUCCCCCCCAACUAUAAGAGCAGUAGUUCAGACUCAUCAUCCAGUGAUGAAGACAGUGAUUCUCCUUUGCCACAUCAAGGAGAAAAGGAAGAUUCUGAAGAGGAUCAUGACACUGGUCCAACCUCAAGAAAACAGAGAAGAAAUGAAAAUGAAGAUGAUGAUGAUGAUGGCUUUUUUGGGCCAGCUCUUCCUCCUGGAUUUAAAAAGCAGGAUGAUUCUCCACAGAGACCAAUUAUAGGUCCUGCAUUACCACCUGGUUUUAAUAACAGAACACAGAAGAGCGGGGAAAACAGAGAUGAUCUAGGACUACCAGCUUCAUCAUCUUUCAACUCCGAGGGAACAGAGAGUAGUGAAGAUGAAGAGGCCAUUGUUGGACCAAUGCCUGCAAAAGGACCAGUUGACUAUAGUGUAACUAAAGAAUUUGAGUGGAGAGCUCAAAGAAUGAAAGAAAAACUCACUAAAGGAGAUGAUGAUGAGUCUAGACCAGUUACAAGGGAAUCAUGGAUGACUGAGCUCCCUCCAGAACUGAAAGGCUUUGGUCUUGGCCCAAGAACUUUCAAGAGAAGAGCUGAUGAUAAAUCUGGCGAUCGAUCAGUUUGGACAGAUACUCCAGCUGACAAAGAAAGGAAAGCUAAAGAAGCACAGGAAGCAAAGAAACUAAUCAGUAAGAAUGAUGAGGAACGUAUAUUAUCAGGAAGGGACAAGAGAUUGGCCGAGCAAGUGUCUUCAUACAAUGAUUCAAAAAGAUCAGAAUCUCUUAUGGACAUACAUCACAAAAAAUUAAAGAACAAGAUAGCUGAAGAUAAAAAUAAGCCCCAGGAGAGAAGGCCAUUUGACCGUGAUCAGGAUCUCAAAGUCAACCGGUUUGAUGAAGCCCAGAAGAAAGCUCUGAUUAAGAAAUCCAGAGAACUAAACAGCCGGUUUUCACAUGGCAAAGGCAACAUGUUUUUAUGAUGUGAGUAUUCUACUCUUUACAGCAAGGUGUAUUUUCAUACUUCUGUACUUUGAAGUUAUGGAUUCAUUUACUAGAUGUGUAAAUAGUCUUUUAUUUGUAUGCAAAAUGUAUUUUAUUUUAAAAGACAGCCAAUUAUAAUACUGCCUUUCUGUAUAAAUAAAAUCUUUGUUUUUUGAAACUCAA